AUGACAGAAGAAAAGCCUUUUAUUGGUGUAUAUCGUUCACUUUAUCCUUAUCAGCCUCAACAAGAUCAAGAAUUAGUGGCAAAAGAAAACAGAGAAUUAGAACUGGAGGAGAAUGAGCUGCUUUAUGUUCUUGAAAAGGGUGAAGAUCUGUGGUGGAAAGUUAAAAAAAAGGCACCAUCAGAUCAAGAAGAUGGAGAUGUAGGAUUGGUUCCAGGAAAUUAUCUUGAAGAAUGUCAACCAAUUUAUCAAGUUCGGACAUUAUACGAUUAUGAACAGCAAUCCUCUGAGGAGAUAUCAUUCAACGAAGGCGAGAUUCUUGAUGUGUUUGAUGAAGAUAAUGAAAAUUGGGUUUUUGCUCGUUGUAGAAUGUCAUAUGGAUUCGCACCAAGUAAUUAUCUUGAAAAAAUAACAGGGAAUAUGGCAUCGCCUAUUCAUAAUCCUAAUGGGGCUCAGAUAAAUUCUAGCUCAUCUCCUUUAUUUGUAUCGAAUUUAGGCGUAUCUCCGAAUUCUUUAAAAAAAAUAGAUACAUCAAAAGAAACACAUUCUUCCGAUUUAUCUCAACAUGGAUCAUCUAUAAAUCAAUCAUAUAAAAAUGCCGGAAAAGCUCCUGAAAAGGCAUUUUUUCGUAAGACUUCUGAAAAUUCUGAAGUUUUAGACGCAUAUGCUGUAUCUAAUGAAUCAUAUUUUUUUGAUACGUAUCAAGAUAGUUCUAAUGAAAGUCUUAAAACAUGGACAGUUUAUGAAAUUGAUAAAAAAAAAAGGAGAAGGGGUAUUUUAAGUGUUGGAAAUAGUAGUAUUACGUUUUCUAGUGAUUCUGGUAAAAAACAUCAAGUUUGGCCUAUUACUUCCAUUAUUCGAUAUUCUUUUGAAAAAAAGCAUGUAUUUAUUGACGUAAGUUCUGGUAAAUCAUCUAUUUCUUUUGAUUUUCACGCUGGAUCUCUUGAAACUGCUGUUGAAAUUUAUUCUGCAAUUGAAAACCUUGCUAAUAUUUCAUGUUCUCCUCGUUCAAAAGAAAUAGCAUCUGCUGCUAACAUAACGUCAACGUUAGAUUUAAGUUCAGGAAUAAAUGCUAAAGGGAUAGAGAAAACUUCAUAUAAAGAUCGUAAAUUUAGUAAUAAUGUUAAUAAUGAUUAUAAUAGUGACAAUGAUAAUGAUGAUAAUAAUAAUACUGAUGUUAAUUAUUUUAACCAUAAACAAUUGGAAGGAAAAAAGGGUAUAGUUUUAUAUGAUUUUGAUGCAUGUGAAGAGGAUGAACUCUCUGUAAAAGCAAAUACAUAUGUUUUUAUUUUAGAUGAUACUACUAGUUGUGAUUGGUGGAAGGUAAAACAGGGUGAUUCUGAGGGUUUGGUUCCGGCUUCAUAUAUCAAAUGUCAUUUUCGAGAGUUAAAAAGUAUAAAAAAAAUUGAUAAUAAUGAAUUGCAAAAAUUGGAAAAAAAAACUAAUAAUAAUGAAUUGCAAAAAUCGGAAAAGAAAAACCAUGUAGAGAAAAAAAUAAAUAAGCCGCAAUUAGAUAAAAUUAAGACAUGGACUGAUAGAACUGGCACAUUUAAAGUAGAUGCGCAAUUUUUAGGUGUUAUUGAUAAUAAAAUUCAUUUGCAUAAGCUUAAUGGGGUAAAAAUAUCUGUUCCUUUAUCAAAAAUGUCAGCAGAAGAUGUGCUUUAUGUUGAGAGUAUUGCUGAAUCAUCAAAGAAUAAACAAAAUACAGACACAAGUUCAAUAUCUAAUGAUUCUAAAUAUUGUAAAGCUAAAGAUAAAAUUGUUUCAAAUAAGCAUGAAAUUAACACUACUUUGGAAUCUAAAAGUAAUUAUGAUUGGUUUGACUUUUUUUUGUCAUCAGGUGUUAAAUACAAUUUAUGUCAAACUUAUGCUACAAAUUUUCAAAGUGAUAAUUUAACUGAAUCAAAUUUAUUAGAUCUUACGUCAGAAAAUAUGCGAACUCUUGGUAUAAGGGAAGAUGAUAUUAUUCGAAUUACUAGAUAUAUAAGGGAAAAAUAUAAGCUUAAAGAUAAACCAAAUAUUCAAGAAUCUAGUGUAGAAACGAAGAAAUUAAAAAAUCAAAUAAACUCUGUUUUAAUGACAGAUUCUGUUAUAAAAAAAAAAGAGCCAAAUUCAUCUACACUUUCGAAUGGAAAGCUAAAAAAUAGUGUUGAAUCUCUGAAAUCACAGCCAUUUCAAACCAAGCAUGUAAUUGAUAAUGAUUCUCAAGGUAAGAAUAAAGAGCUUUCAGGAAUUGAAGAAACACCGAUGUCUGGAUUUGAUGAUGAUGCUUGGUGUAUUAAAUCGUCUAAUACUCAGAAACUCAAAUCACCUAUUCCCUCAAAAUUAGAUGACUCUAAUUCCCAAUUGAACUAUGUAAUGAAAAACUUGUCUUUAUCAACCCCUCCUAUGAAUCCUACUCAUGUACCGCCUAUUUCGGCUCAGAUUCCUCAGAAACAAGUUCAGCAAAAUAUUUUACCAGUAACACAGCCUGCUUCUCAAAUAGUUCUUCAAGGUCAACAUAAUAUUAUUGAACCAUUUUCAGCUCCGUUUAUUAAUUCAACAUCUAAUUCAUCACGUUUUCAGCCUUUUUACAGUUAUGGAGCUACAAAUCCUUCGACUAUUGCUUCACAACAAUGUUUUUCAUCAUCUAUUGUGCAACCUAUUGUUUCUCAAUUCCAACCACAACAUGCAUUUCAACCUCAGAUUGGAUUUGAUCAAAAAGCUAAACAACAAGUUUUAGAAAAUUCAGUUUACAUAAAUCCUCAGCUUUCAGCAAAUCAGACCCAUAUUAUGCAUAAUUCAUUUCCUCUUGCCCAGCAAAGCAUGGGCUUACCACUAAAUUUACAAAAUAAUGGAUAUAAUAGUGUUGUACCUGAGAAAACGGUUGUUGCACAGCAACCUUUCCAGACAGUUAAUAAUUUCUGUCGUUCAAUUCCUUCUCAAUACGAUAGUUAUAACCAACAGUCAUUAUUUUUUCAGCAAAAUACGCAACAGUUACCAGAUCAGCGCCAGUCAUCCAUCUUGCAUCAACAGUCAUCUAACAAGCAUCAAACAUACCAGAAUAAUCUUAUUGCUCCCCAGACCUUAGAAAAUGUUGGAAACGGUCCGUCUUUUUUAGCAUUAUCGCAACCUGCAAAUAUUUCUACGUCUUUUCAACAAACCUUAGUAUUCAAACCUGUUCAAUUUGGAGCGCCAAAGUCAUCACAAUUUGAUUAUCCAAAAAAACGUGCAAAUUUAGCAGCAGCAACACCGGAAAACCCUUUUGGUUUUUAG